UGGGGACUCGUGGGGGGGAGGUGGCAAGCUGCCUGCCUGGGGGGCAGGGCCCUCAGUUCAUCCACACCAUCAGGGGUGGUAAUGAUUUAAAGGGACAGCCUCGGUGUGGCCGCUGCCACCCUGCGCCAGCGGGAGGGGGAGCCGAGCCGGCAGACCAUGUCUGGGGAGGCUUGGCCGGUGAGCAGGGCAUUUGAGGCUGAAUCUUUUGCGAGGCCUGCCAGGUCUGGGAUCGGGCUGCAGCUGGGACCUGCAAGGAGGGCUGACAGCCUGCCUGGGGGGGCACUCAGCGUGGGCCUUCUCCAGGGCCCCACCUUUGGGUUCAUGGAGUCCUUGGCCAAGAAUCCAUGAGUCUAAACUACAGAGCCUGUUGGCCACCAGGUGGGGGCCACUGGCAGGUCUGUGGGUCAGCAGCCUGGCCUGGGCACACUGGAGCUGGCCCUUCAGCUUUUCCUUUUGUUGUUUGGCUCUGUGCACAAGAAAGCCGCGGCCCCUCCCCCAGCUCCCCCUUCCCGUCCACAUGCCCCCCCCCCCACACACACACCCACCCCAGCUGUUGGACAGAUGAAUUACAGCCUCCGGCUUGGGGCCAGAGCUGGUGAGGGAUUAAAGCUCUGGGGCUGGCCCUUUAAACGGCUGUUGGCCCCUCCCCCACUCUGGUGUCCAGACACCCCAUACACACCCCGCUGACCCCCUCGGCUGCCCCUCACUCCUCCUCUUAGUCUGUCCUAAGGCCUACCACUCCCCUGUCUGUAGGCUAGACCCUCCCCAGCUUCCCUUUCUCCCUCAACACAACCACAUAUACAAAUGCUACAGACUACACACACAUAUACUCUCGCUCACUCACUCCCUGGUCUCACAUUCUGAGCGUCCCUGUCCUGGAGGGAUCCAGCCUCAAGCUCCCUUCUCCAGCAGAAGGAACUUGCCUGCCUGGCCUCUCUAGCCUGCAGCUGACCACUACUCUGGCCAGGUUCCCCCCAGGCACCAUGCCAGCCCGGUAGUACACCCACCUCUACCCGCUGUGGUCUGCUGCACCCCGCUGUUGGGGCAUUGGUUCCAAUGAGACAGGGCACACCAAACUCCAUCUGGCUGUUACUGAGGCGGAGACACAUGUGAUGAUUGGCUUUCUGGGGAAAGAGAAAGUCCUGUGAUUGGUCAGGUCUCCGGAGCUCGUCAACGCCGGGAGAGGACGCUCCCACGGAGGCCGGAAUUGGCUGCGAAAGGCCCUGGACGACCAUCUGGGGGCAUUUGGCCCUCCUGUCAGAGCGGCUGGAGCGGAACCAUCGCCCCAGAGAGCUGGGCAGGGGGCCGUGCCCGAUCUCCAGGGCUCCUGGGGCCACUGCUGACCUGGCUGGAUGCAUCGGGCAGUGGACCCUCCAGGGGCCCGCACUGCACGGGAAGCCUUUGCCCUUGGGGGCUUGAGCUGUGCUGGGGCCUGGAGCUCCUGCCCGCCCCAUCCCCCUCCUCGGAGCGCAUGGCUGCCUGGAGGCAGGUGCUCUGCCAGCAUCGGGCAGCCCCCACUCUCUGCUCCCCUCCCCCCUUCACACGGCAGUAGCUCUGGGCACCCCAACAAACUAUAUUUUGCUCCAGGGACACCCAACCCGAGACCCCUCCAUGGGAAGCUGGAAUCCCUGCAUGGCUGUGUGCAGGCUUUGCUCCGGGAGCCAGCCCAGCCAGGGCUGUGGGAGCAGCUUGGGCAGCUGUACGAGUCAGAGCACGACAGUGAGGAGGCCAUUCGCUGCUACCACAGCGCCCUUCGAUACGGAGGAAGCUUGGCUGAGCUGGGGCCCCGUAUCGGCCGAUUACAGCAGGCCCAGCUCUGGAACUUUCAUGCCGGCUCCUGCCAGCACCGACCCAAGGUCCUGCCCCCCUUGGAGCAAGUGUGGAACUUGCUGCACCUUGAGCACAAGCGGAACUAUGGGGCCAAACGGGGGGGUCCCCCAGUGAAGCGAGCCGCUGAACCCCCAGUGGUGCAGCCCGUGCCUCCUGCAGCACUCUCAGGCCCCUCGGGGGAGGAGGGCCUCAGCCCCGGAGGCAAGCGCAGGAGGGGCUGCAACUCGGAGCAGACCGGCCUUCCCCCAGGGCUGCCGCUGCCUCCACCACCGUUACCACCCCCGCCGCCCCCGCCGCCGCCCCCGCCGCCGCCCCCGCCCCUGCCUGGCCUGGCCACCAGCCCUCCAUUUCAGCUGACCAAGCCAGGGCUGUGGAGUACCUUGCAUGGAGAUGCCUGGGGCCCCGAGCGCAAGGGUCCAGCACCCCCAGAGCGUCAGGAGCUGCGGCACUCGCUGCCUCCUCACCCAUAUCCAUACCCAGCUCCGGCCUACCCCUCGCACCCCCCUGGCCACCGGCUGGUCCCGGCUGCACCCCCAGGCCCAGGCCCCCGCCCCCCAGGAGCAGAGAGCCAUGGCUGCCCGCCUGCCACCCGUCCCCCCGGAAGUGACCUUAGAGAGAGCAGAGUUCAGAGGUCGCGGAUGGACUCCAGCGUUUCACCAGCAGCAACCACCGCCUGCGUGCCUUACGCCCCUUCCCGGCCCCCUGCCCUCCCCGGCACCACCACCAGCAGCAGUAGCAGCAGCAGCAACACCGGUCUCCGGGGCGUGGAGCCGAGCUCAGGCAUUCCCGGCGCCGACCAUUACCAGACUCCUGCGCUGGAGGUCUCCUCUCACCAAGGCCGCCUGGGGCCCUCGGCACACAGUAGUCGGAAACCGUUCCUGGCGGCUCCUGCUGCCACUCCCCACCUGUCCCUGCCCCCCGGCCCCCCCUCACCUCCUCCACCCCCCUGUCCCCGCCUCUUACGCCCCCCGCCCCCCCCUGCCUGGCUGAAGGGCCCAGCCUGCCGGGCAGCCCGUGAGGAUGGAGAGAUCUUAGAGGAGCUCUUCUUCGGGGCCGAGGGACGCCCCCGCCCUCCUCCCCCACCCCUCCCCCACCGCGAGGGCUUCUUGGGGCCUCCCGCCCCCCGCUUUUCUGUGGGCACUCAGGAUUCGCACACCCCUCCCACCCCCCCGACCACCAGCAGCAGCAGCAGCAACAAUGGCAGCCACAGCAGCAGCCCUACUGGGUCUGUGUCCUUCCCCCCACCUCCCUAUCUGGCCAGAAGUAUGGACCCCCUUCCUCGGCCCCCCAGCCCAACACUGAGCCCCCAGGAUCCACCUCUUGCACCCCUCAGUCUUGCCCUGCCUCCAGCCCCUCCCUCCUCUUGCCACCAAAAUACCUCAGGAAGCUUCAGGCGCCCGGAGAGCCCUCGGCCCAGGGUCUCCUUCCCAAAGACCCCCGAGGUGGGGCCGGGGCCAUCCCCAGGCCCCCUGAAUAAAGCCCCCCAGCCUGUGCCGUCCAGGGUUGGGGAGCUGCCUGCCCGAGGCCCUCGACUCUUUGAUUUCCCCCCUACCCCGCUGGAGGACCAGUUUGAGGAGCCAGCUGAAUUCAAGAUCCUACCUGAUGGGCUGGCCAACAUCAUGAAGAUGCUGGACGAAUCCAUUCGCAAGGAAGAGGAGCAGCAACAACAGGAGGCAGGCGUGGUCCCCCCGCCUCCCCUGAAGGAGCCCUUUGCAUCUCUGCAGCCUCCGUUCCCCACUGACACGGCCCCAGCCACCACCGCUGCCACCACCGCUGCCACCACCACGGCCACCCAGGAAGAGGAGAAGAAGCCACCACCAGCCCUGCCACCACCGCCGCCUCUAGCCAAGUUCCCUCCGCCACCCCAGCCACAGCCGCCGCCACCCCCCCCGCUACCCCCGCCAGCCAGCCCGGCCAGCCUGCUCAAAUCCUUGGCCUCCGUGCUGGAGGGACAGAAGUACUGUUACCGGGGGACUGGAGCAGCUGUUGCCACCCGGCCCGGGCCCUUGCCCACCACUCAGUAUUCCCCUGGCCCCCCAUCAGGUGCUACCGCCCCGCCGCCCACCUCAGCGGCCCCAAGCGCCCAGGGCUCCCCGCAGCCCUCCGCUUCCUCGUCAUCUCAGUUCUCUACCUCAGGCGGGCCCUGGGUCCGGGAGCGCAGGGCGGGUGAAGAGCCAGCCCCGGGCCCCACGACCCCCGCCCCGCCGCCCCCACCCUUGCCUCUGCCCCCCGCUCGCUCUGAGUCUGAGGUGCUAGAAGAGAUAAGUCGGGCUUGUGAGACCCUCGUGGAGCGGGUGGGCCGGGGUGCCACAGACCCGGCAGACCCAGCGGACACAGCAGACCCAGUGGACACUGGGGCUGAACGACUGCUGCCUCCAGCUCAGGCCAAGGAGGAGGCGGGUGGGGCGUCGGCGGUGGCAGCAGCGGCAGCAGGACCAGGUAGCAGCAAGAGGAGGCAGAAGGAGCACCAGAAGGAGCACCGGAGGCACAGGCGGGCUUGUAAGGACAGUGUGGGUCGGCGGCCCCGAGAGGGCAGGGCCAAGGCCAAGGCCAAGGCCCCCAAAGAAAAGAGCCGCCGGGUGCUGGGGAACCUGGACCUGCAGAGCGAGGAGAUCCAGGGUCGUGAGAAGGCCCGGCCUGAUCUUGGCGGGGCCUCCAAGGCCAAGCCACCCACCGCUCCAGCCCCUCUGCCAGCUCCUGCCCCCUCCACCCAGUCCACACCCCCGUCCGCCCCAGUUCCUGGGAAGAAGGCUCGGGAGGAAGCUCCAGGGCCGCCGGGUGUCAGCCGGGCUGACAUGCUGAAGCUGCGCUCACUUAGUGAGGGGCCUCCUAAAGAGCUGAAGAUCCGGCUCAUCAAGGUGGAGAGCGGUGACAAGGAGACCUUCAUCGCCUCGGAGGUGGAAGAGCGGAGGCUGCGGAUGGCGGACCUCACCAUCAGCCACUGCGCGGCCGAUGUCGUGCGGGCCAGCAAGAAUGCCAAGGUGAAAGGGAAGUUUCGAGAGUCCUACCUUUCUCCUGCCCAGUCUGUGAAACCCAAGAUCAACACUGAGGAGAAGCUGCCCCGGGAAAAACUCAACCCGCCCACACCCAGCAUCUAUCUCGAGAGCAAACGGGAUGCCUUCUCACCGGUGCUGCUGCAGUUCUGUACAGACCCUCGAAAUCCCAUCACCGUGAUCCGGGGCUUGGCGGGCUCCCUACGGCUCAACUUGGGCCUCUUCUCCACCAAGACGCUGGUGGAGGCGAGUGGCGAACACACGGUGGAGGUGCGCACCCAGGUGCAGCAGCCCUCAGAUGAGAACUGGGACCUGACGGGCACCCGACAGAUCUGGCCCUGUGAGAGCUCCCGUUCCCACACCACCAUUGCCAAGUACGCGCAGUACCAGGCCUCCUCCUUCCAGGAGUCCCUGCAGGAGGAGAAGGAGAGUGAAGAUGAGGAGUCGGAGGAGCCGGACAGCACCACAGAAACCCCUCCUAGCAGCGCCCCGGACCCGAAGAACCAUCACAUCAUCAAGUUUGGCACCAACAUCGACCUGUCCGAUGCCAAGCGGUGGAAGCCCCAGCUGCAGGAGCUGCUGAAGCUGCCCGCCUUCAUGCGGGUGACCUCCACGGGCAACAUGCUGAGCCACGUGGGCCACACCAUCCUGGGCAUGAACACCGUGCAGCUGUACAUGAAGGUCCCUGGCAGCCGAACGCCAGGCCAUCAAGAGAACAACAACUUCUGCUCGGUCAACAUCAACAUUGGCCCCGGCGACUGCGAGUGGUUCGCGGUGCACGAGCACUACUGGGAGACCAUCAGCGCCUUCUGCGACCGGCACGGCGUGGAUUACUUGACGGGUUCCUGGUGGCCAAUCCUGGAUGACCUCUAUGCUUCCAACAUCCCUGUGUACCGCUUCGUGCAGCGCCCAGGAGACCUUGUGUGGAUCAACGCGGGGACCGUGCACUGGGUGCAGGCCACCGGCUGGUGCAACAACAUUGCCUGGAACGUGGGGCCCCUCACCGCCUAUCAGUACCAGCUGGCCCUGGAACGAUACGAGUGGAACGAGGUGAAGAACGUCAAAUCCAUCGUGCCCAUGAUUCACGUGUCCUGGAACGUGGCUCGCACGGUCAAAAUCAGCGACCCCGACUUGUUCAAGAUGAUCAAGUUCUGCCUCCUGCAGUCGAUGAAGCACUGCCAGGUGCAGCGGGAGAGCCUGGUGCGGGCCGGGAAGAAAAUCGCCUACCAGGGUCGGGUCAAGGACGAGCCCGCCUACUACUGCAACGAGUGCGACGUGGAGGUGUUCAACAUCCUGUUCGUGACGAGCGAGAACGGCAGCCGCAACACGUACCUGGUGCACUGCGAGGCCUGUGCGCGGCGCCGCAGCGCCGGCCUGCAGGGCGUGGUGGUGCUGGAGCAGUACCGCACCGAGGAGCUGGCGCAGGCCUACGACGCCUUCACGCUGGUGAGGGCCCGGCCGGCGGGCGGGCCGGCCGGCGGGCGGCGGGAAUCCCGAGGGGGCGCCGGGGGCGGGGGGCGGGGGGCCCGCGCCCUGAGCCCCGGCCCCCCGCUGUCUCCGCAGGCCCCCGCCAGCACGUCGCGAUGAGGCCGGACGCCCCGCCGCCUGCCCGCCCGCAGGGCGCCGCGGGGCCACCAGCACACGCCUGGGCUGGACCUAGGUCCCGCCUCUGGCCGGGAAGGGGCCGGGCCCAGCCCUUCCACCCCAUUGGCAGCUCCCCUCACUUAAUUUAUUAAGAGAAAGAAUUUUUUUAAAACAAAUAUGAGGAAAAAAGGAAAAAAAAAAAUGGGAGACGGGGGAGGGGGCUGGCAGCCCCUCGCCCACCAGCGCCUCCCCUCACCGACUUUGGCCUUUCUAGCAGCAGACACAAGGACCAGGCUCCGGCGGCGGCGGGGGUCACAUACGGGUUCCCUCACGCCUGCCAGCCGCCCGCCCGCCCGCCCGCCCGGCGCAGAUGCACGCGGCUCGUGUAUGUACAUAGACGUUACGGCAGCCGAGGUUUUUAAUGAGAUUCUUUCUAUGGGCUUUACCCCUCCCCCAGAACCUCCUUUUUUACUUCCAAUGCUAGCUGUGACCCCUGUACAUGUCUCUGUUUAUUCACUUGGUUAUGAUUUGUAUUUUCUGGUUUUUUGUUUGUUUUUGUUUUUUUUUGGUUUUUAAUUUAUAACAGUCCCACUCACCUCUAUUUAUUCAUUUUUGGGAAAACCCGACCUCCCGCACCCCCCAGCCAUCCCGCCCCUCCAGGGACCGCCCGUCCCCGGGCUCUCCCUGCGCCCCAGUGUGUGUCCGGGCCCGGCCUGUCCGUCUCCGCCCGCCCGCGGCUCCAGCCGGGUUCUCAUGGUGCUCAAACCCGCUCCCCUCCCCGACGUCCUGCACUUUCUCGGACCAGCCCCCUACUCCCGCCCCGCCCCCAACCCCGCCCGAGGGUGAGCGACUCCUGUACUGUAGGGAAGAAGUGGGAACUGAAAUGGUAUUUUGUAAAAAAAAAAAAAAAAAAAAAAAAAGUUAAUAAAUAAAAAAAAUUUAAAGUUUUAAAGAAAGAACUAUGAGGAAAAAGAACCCCGUCCUUCCCAGCCCCGGCCAAUUUAAAAAACACGGACCUUCCCCUCACAAGCCUCCCCUCCCCUUUUCUUUUUAAGCGUGAAACAGCCCAGGGCCAGGGCCUCACUGGGGCAGGGACACCCGGGAUGAGUUUCUCUGGGGAUUGAUUUUCGUUCUGUCGGUUGUUUUUUCUCCUCCACGCUGGGGCUGCGGAAGGGUGGGGGGUUUACAGUCCCGCCCCCUCGCACUGCACUGUCUUUCUGCCCCAGGGGCAGAGGGGUCUUCCCAACCCUCCCCUUAUUUUCGGUGAUUUUUGUGUGAGAAUAUUAAUAUUAAAAAAUAAAAGAAAAAAAAUCCCGUUUU